AUGGUUCGAUCAGUUAACGACGAAUCCUAUCAACCCGAAACAAAAAUUCAACAAGAAUUAAUAAGAAAAAACAUGAGAAGCGCUCAAAGAACCACAAUGACUUAUUUUGCUUUAGCGAUGAGUACAGGUGUAAUUUGGUUGUUAUAUCCUUUAAUAACACAAACGAAAGCUGAAAUAUUUAGCGUUUACGUCCCUUUUGAUACAUCUUAUUCCCCUGUUUACGAAAUCUUUUACUUCGUUAAAGGGUAUUCUUUAAUGUUACACGCAAUGGCGAACACUUCAAAGGAUUCAAUCGUUGUUCUUAUAAUGGCUCACAUCUGCGGACAAUUAGAUAUCGUUGAUGACAAAUUAACGAAAUUGAAAGAAACCGCAUUGGAAAAAAUAAAGAAUGGUUAUCAAAAAAAUCUUUCCGAUACAAUGAACGAACUGUUAAUCAAAUCGGUACAACGACACAAAUUAAUCUUGAAUUUAAACAAAGAAUUUAACGAUGUUUACACUUUCGCUAUAUUAGCGCAAUUUACAACAAGCGUUUUAAUUAUUUGCGUGAUUUUGUAUCAAAUUUCGGUUCUUUCUGUGACGAGUAUGGUUUUCUUUUCAAUGAUUAAUUAUUUAUUUUGCAUGAUGCUCCAACUUUCUGUGUAUUGUUGGCAUGGAAAUGAAGUUAUUCUUAAAAGCAGUCAUUUAUAUAGAAGUGUCUAUAAUAUAGAUUGGCCGGAUACUUCGAUUACUUUCAAGAAAAACAUGUUAUAUUUUAUGUGUAAUGUGAAAAAACCAAUUAAGAUUUACGCGGGAAAUUUCUUUGAAGUUUCAUUAGAAUCCUAUAUGGCCAUUCUAAGAUCGUCUUGGUCUUAUUUCGCUGUUUUAAAAAAUUCACGGGAUGAAAUCAAAGAGGAUUAA